AUGACUGCGAGCUGGCCAUGGCUGCCCACCGAGCUCUACGUCCACGUCCUCAGCUUCCUGCCGCCCGCCCGAGACGCCGCCGACGUCAGCGCGAAGACGCUCGCGAGCUGUCUCGCAGCGAACUCUCACCUCCGCGCGGCUGCCCACUCUCCACUACUAUGGGAGCCACACUAUCGCGCUCGGUACACAUCCUGUGUUCCGGAGAACGAGGAGCGGCGUAAGGCCGCUGCAAAGGGGGACUGGCACCGCAUGUAUGUCGAGCGGCGCUCGCUGGACCACAGGGCGCUCGUGAUUCUGGACGAGAUCAGGCUGCAGCUUGGCGGGCGGCACCAGCGCGCACGGGUAUUUACGCGGGAGCUCUCGUUUGACGUGUGGGACGCGCUUGGGAUCGAGACGCAGCUGUCUUUGCCCAAGUGCUUCAGGCCUGAAGGAGAGGGCGGGGACACCGACGAUGCGCCUGCGCCGCAUGCGCUUCCUCGACGCUAUUGGGCGCGUACCGUCCGUGGAAUUAUUGCAAGACGAUAUGCGUUAAAUCUCUGGGGACGCAUCACGUCCGGGGAUGAGUCUAUCACCUUCGAGGAGGCGAUAUCCGGUCUGUCCGCGUUCUUCGAUAUAUCGCCGAUGCAAAUCUCAGCUAACCUCGACAACCUUGCAGAUUUCUGUCGGAGCACGCUCGUCGACGCGGGCGUGGAGCUGAAUCCCGAGAGCUCCCAGUAUGACUUACGCGACCUCGUUAUGCGCAUCCGGCAUGUCCUACACAGUCUGGGAUAUAGUGCUGUCACUGGAGCAGAAUUUUACUUCCCUCUCAACCAAUUUCCCCAUUCUUUCAUGAGCGAGGGACACCGCAGAACGAUACCGCUGUCUCUCGUCUUCGUUUUUGUGGCAAUUGCUCGCCGUCUGGGAAUCCAGGCAUCCGCGACCAACUUCCCCGGCCGAGUUCUCGCGUACAUCACUUCCCCAGACAAGGCUGGUGGUGAUAUGCUGUUUGACCUUUGCGGCAACACCGAUCCACUGACAUUCACAAGCAGAAACGUGCCACAGAUGCUGGAGGAGGUCGGGAUGAUGGCGGACGCGCCCCCAGAGUCCGUCACUCCGUGCAAGGUCUCGACGACGCUGUACCGCGCCGCAGCGAACGUGCUCCUCUCGGCGAGCCGGACCGCGGACUCGUCCACCGAGACGUGCGUGUGGGCGAACUACGCCGCGCGCUGCGUCUUCUUCCUGCACGCGCAGGCGAUCUUCGACUUCAAGUCUUUCCUUGGCUCCAAGCCGCUCGACGCCGUCGCGGUGCUCGCGGACGUGCUCUGCCCUGCGCUGACCGUGGAGCUCGGCGACAUUUUGAUGGAGCACUGCGCGGACGUUGAGCAGAUCGACGAGCGGUACGCGCGCGUGCGGUACACGCGCACACCCCGCAUCAAGUUCUUCGUCGGGCUCGUCGUGCGCCAUGAGCUGCGAGACUAUGUGGGCUGCAUCGUCGGUUGGCAUCCGUAUGCGGAAGAUGUCGACAUAUGGGCAGGGGUCUCGAUGAUCCCUCAGCCUGACCAGCCUUUCUACACCGUCCUCACCCAAAAUGGGGGGAAGAAGUACGUUGCCGAAGAGGAUAUUUGUCCGGCUACCUUUACGGUAGAAGUUGCCAGGGAAUUGUUUAACAGCCGCACUGCGUUCGCGCGCUACUUCGAGGACAUCGAGCUCGGUGAUCGGCAGCGAGGGCGGAUGCUGCUCAGCCACGAACUCAAGACCAUCUAUCCGGAUGAUGACCGCGCGGGAGAGGCGUGGGUGUCGCGAGGUGUCAUGCCACGAGUCGAGUCCAUACUGUCGAAGCCUCUUCCGUAG